AUGGCCGAGCAAGAGCAAGAGAUGGAAAGAGUGAAUGAAGAGCUUACAGAUCUACGUGGGAAUAUAGGUCAAAUCAUGGAGAUGUUGCAAGUAAUACGUGCAAAGAUGGAUACUCAACCCACAAUUGUUUCUGAGAUCGUCAAUCCGGUGAUUACUCCUCAGUCAACAGUUACUACUCCAGCAACUUGGCCUCCCUUUGGUCUUCCUUAUGGUUUUGUGCCUCCUCCUCAAGGACAGUCCACUCAACACACAGUCCCAUUAACUACUGAAGUUAAUCAAGUGAUUCCUACUUUUGCACCCACUGCCAUGCACACUCGAGUUCAACCGUACUUCGAUGAUCAUCAACAAGUGUAUGAUAUACCUGAUAUGUCUGAAGAAGGUGAUGAAAGACAUGAAAAGCUGAGAGAAAAUGUUGAAACCAUUGAGAAAAGGCUGAGAGCAAUGGAAGGUGAUCAGAUCUUUGGUGCUGCUGCCAGAGAAAUGUGUCUUGUAUCUGGAUUAGUGAUCCCCGCAAAAUUCAAGAUACCCAACCUUGAUCAAUAUGAAGGAGCUACUUGUCCCAAAAGUCACCUCAUCAUGUAUUAUAGAAAGAUGGCAGCUCACGUGGACAAUGACAAACUCAUGAUCCACUGUUUCCAAGACAGUUUGAAAGGUGCCUCUUCCAAAUGGUACUUAACCCUUGAUCAGACUCGCAUCCGUUGUUUCCAAGAUUUGUCUGAUGCUUUCAUCAAACAAUACAAGUACAACAUGGAUCUAGCCCCCGAUAGAAGGCAAUUGUUGAGCAUGUCCCAAAAGGAUUCUGAAUCCUUUAAAGAAUAUGCACAAAGGUGGAGAGAGACUGCAUCUCAAGUGGAACCUCCAUUAACAGAAAAAGAAUUGGCAGAUUGGUUCGUCGACACAGUGCGACCAGAAUUUUUUGAAAGGAUGGUGGGAAGCGUGACUGCAAGUUUUUCUGACUUGGUGGCCGUGGGUAUCAAAGUGGAACUUGGCUUAAAAAAUGGCAAGAUGAUUAUUUCAGCUAGUAAUUCCAACAAUAACAACAAUACCAAGAAAUUAUCUAGUAGUUUCCAUAAGAAAAAGGAAGGAGAAACAAAUGCAGUGAUGGGUAGUAGAAGAAAGAAUCAGCCUUGGAAAAAGCAACAAUAUUUUGCUCAACAACAUUAUGUUCAACAACCACAAUUUUCUCAACAGCCGUAUGUAGCAGCUAUUGCACCAACUUUCAAUCAGCAAGUCCCAAUGCAUCAGUCGACUCAAGUAGCUCCGAUCUUUCAAACAACACCCAACGUUCCAACUUAUCAACAAGCGCCCAACGUUCCAACUUAUCAACAAGCGCCCAACGCUCCAGCUUAUCAACAAAGGACUCCAGCUCCGCGCCAAAAUGCUCCAUUCCAAAAUAGAAGACAAGGUGGAAAACCUCCGAUUCCUCAAAUUCCUAUGUCUUACACUGAAUUAUAUCCGUCAUUGUUGAAGAAAGGGUUAGUUGUUCCGAGACCUUUGGGACCUCCACCAGAUCCUCUCCCACCAUAUUACAAUCCCAAUGCACAUUGUCUGUUCCAUGAAGGUGCCCCAGGGCAUGAUUUGGAAGGUUGUUAUGCCUUAAAACAUAUUGUGAGGGAAUUGAUUGAGAAAAAGAUUCUUUCAUUUGGGGAUACCAGUCCAAAUGUCAAAAACAAUCCUCUGCCUGCCCAUGGGUCUGUCAAUGCUAUUGAUGAUGAGCCUAAUGAAGGUCUGAUUCUUGAUGCAACCAAAAUCAAGACUCCUCUCAGAGAUUUUCAUGCAAAGUUAGUGGAGGCAGGUUUAUUGAAAAUUUGCCAUAAGAGUUGUGAAGAAUGUACUAUUGGUCCUAAAGGAUGUGAAAUGGUCCGAAAGGAUAUUCAAGAAUUGAUUAACCAAGGUGUGUUGCAAGUAAGCAGUCGUAUGAAAAAGAAUGAGGUAGCAGUGAUUGAACCCAUCUUCAAUCUACCUGAGUUAAGUACUACAACACCAAUCUUCAACAUUCCAGAGCCAAUAUUCAACGUUCUAGAUUCUACUGUUGUUCAGCCAAUUUUCAACAUUCCAGAAUCAGUUGAACCAAUCUUCAAUAUGCCUAAUCCAGUGGUUGUCCAAAGGCCUAGAUCUUUUCCUUUUGAGAAUACUAAAGCAGUUCCUUGGAAGUAUGAUACAUCUGUGGUUAACCAAAGGUCUGACAAAGAAGGUCAUAAAGAAGGUCUGAGUAUUGCAAGCACUGAUAUAGCAGUGGGAAGUAGAAUGACCCGCAGUGGUCGCAUUUAUACCCCUCAGGUCAACUUGGCUCCACCAAAUCCACCGAAAGAAACCACCACUACUGUUACCGGCAAAGGCAAAGAGGUAAUCACAAUUGAUGAAGACGCUGAAUUUCUGAGGAUUAUCAAGAAGAGUGAUUACAAGAUUAUUGAUCAGCUGCAUCAAACUCCUUCAAAGAUAUCCAUUUUGUCUCUUCUCAUGAGCUCUCCAGCUCAUAGGAGUGCCUUGCAGAAAUUGUUAGCUCAGGCUCAUGUCACUCACGACAUUACUAUUGAUCAAUUUGAUGGGGUCAUUGCCAACAUUACAGCAUGCAACCAUCUCAGCUUCAGUAGAGAAGAUUUGACGAAGGAUGGUCAAGACCAUAAUCGUGCUUUGCACAUAUCUGUGAAAUGCCAAGAAGAUACCCUAGCAAGAGUCCUUGUGGACACUGGCUCCUCUCUGAAUGUUUUACCUAAGAGGACACUGGCUAAGUUGGCAUAUCAAGGGACUGAGAUGAGGCCAAGCGCAUUGAUUGUCAAGGCAUUUGAUGGAUCGAGGAGGACCGUCAUAGGGGAGGUGGAGCUGCCAAUAUUAAUUGGUCCACAUGUAUUUGAAAUUACCUUUCAGGUUAUGGACAUCAACCCAAAUUAUAGUUGUUUGCUUGGAAGACCGUGGAUUCAUGCCGCUGGGGCCGUGACUUCCACCUUGCACCAAAAAAUGAAAUUUGUUAUUGGUGAUAAGCUGGUGAUUGUGUCAGGUGAGGAAGAUCUUAUGGUAAGCCACCUCUCUUCGUUCAGUUACAUUGAGACUGAUGAGGAUGCUUUGGAAACUUCUUUCCAAGCUCUUGAAAUAGCCAACGCUGUCCUUAUAGAAGUCGAAGAACCAAAGGAGAAGGGUAUUCCAUCUUUUGCAUCAUGGAAGAAAGCAAGAUCAACCAUCGAGGAAGGAAGUCCCGAAGGUUGGGGAGAUGUUAUUGAUGUCAAACUAAAGCUAGACCGUUGUGGGUUGGGUUACAAACCAACCAAUGUCAAGAAGGAAGCAUCAACCUCCAUCGAAGGACGUCCGAAGACUAUCCAAGAAGUGUUCGUCAACACUGGAUAUCAAGUCAAUGCUAUUGAUGAAUAUCUUGAAGAUGAAGAUUUGAGCAACCUGGUGUACCAAUCUGAUGUGGCUUUGAACAAUUGGAAGGCGAUUGAAAUCCCAGAGAUGUUUCCUUUGUCAAAAAUAAAAGAAAACCAUGUUGAAUCCAAUGACUCUACUUUCCCUCUUAACUUUGAUUCACCAAUCUACCAAGCUGAAGAAGAGGGUGAGGAAGAUUGUGAUGUUCCCGACGAACUGGCAAGAUUGGUUGAGUACGAGUACACAGAUAUCCAACCACGUCAAGAGCAGGUAGAGACAAUCAACCUUGGCACCGAGGAAGCAAAGAAAGAGGUCAAGAUUGGUACAACACUUGGGGCAGACAUCAAAGAAAGAUUGGUCAAGCUUUUACAAGAAUAUGUGGAUGUGUUUGCAUGGUCGUAUCAAGAUAUGCCCGGUUUAGACACAGACAUUGUCGUUCACAAAUUACCACUCCGACCAGAUUGUCCACCAGUAAAACAAAAACUCCGAAGAACAAGACCAGACAUGGCUUUGAAGAUUCGAGAAGAGGUCAAAAGACAGUUUGAUGCUGGCUUCCUUGCAGUUGCAAAAUCAGGGAAGUUACUUGGUUUCAUUGUUAGUCAACGAGGAAUUGAAGUAGAUCCAGAUAAGGUCAGAGCGAUACAAGACAUGCCAGCUCCACAAACUGAAAAGCAAGAUCAAGCAAUUGAAUGGAAUUCUGAUUGUCAGCAAGCUUUUGAGAAGAUUAAAGGUUAUCUGCAAGAACCUCCUAUCUUGAUUCCACCCAUUCCAGGGAAGCCUCUCUUCAUGUACUUAACUGUGCUCGAAGGAUCCAUGGGUUGUAAAAAACUUGUUGUGCUUUAG